AUGGACGACACGGCCGGUGAAGCAAACGCCGGGACGGCCUGGGGCCAUGUUGCUCUUCGUCAGAGAAGGCACCACGAGGGGUGGUGGUCACAUAAUAUCCGACCACCACCACCACCACCACCACCACCACCACCCCCACCACCACCACAGCUUUCUCCGAUGCCCUGCUGUAUAGCCCGACAACAAACAGCUGGUAAGCCCGAAUGCAGACGCGCGGCGGCGGCGGCGGCGGCGGCGGCGGCGGCGGCGGGAUCUGGGGCUGCAGCAGCGCUAGCCGGGCCGGCGCGGUGUCCACGUGGAAUUUAUGCGCGGACACGUGCUAUGCGGUGUCAGCCGAGAGAUUACACUGUCCGACAACUGAUGCCUGCCCACCCCCACCCCUACCCCGCCCCCAUACCGCACCACGGCGGCCCAGACCCGCGUCUGUAA